AUGGUGGACUACGACGAGAAUUACCUCAGCUCGCGGCUGACCGAGCCGGAGCUUCUGGUGGAGAGGCAAGGCUCGUCAGGUGGCUUCCUCAAGGGCGUAUUUAGCUCCGCUGCGAUCAAGUGCAUGUCCCCACUGCGGCGCUCAGCGGAGCGGCUGACUGCCGCCCCGGUGCGGAGCGUACGCCAAGCCAGCCAGGGUCUGGCCGAGCCGCCGGGGCGCAACGUCGGGUGGUGGCGAGAGGCUAUCAGUGCGGCGGAACCAGCGGCACGGAACGUCGGCUGGUGGCGGGAAGCUGCAGAGGCGGCGCAACCCCCGAAGAGCAACGUCGGAUGGUGGCGAGAGGCUGCGAGUGCAGCAGAGCCACCGACAAGGAACAUUGGCUGGUGGCGGGAAGCUGUGGCGGCGGCAGAGGCGGCGGCAGAGCCCGCAAGUCCAAGCCUGGCCGACUUCCCAGCGCGAAACGUUGGAUGGUGGCUAAAGGCGGUCCACGCAGCAGAGCCACCGGCGCGGAAUGUUGGGUGGUGGCAGUACGCUUUGCAAGAGGCGGACGGGGGCACGUUACAGGAGCUUCGCCGAUUGUCGUCGCAUAAAGUGACUACCCUAUCGCUUGCCCAUGCGCCGACACGUAAUGUCGGCUGGUGGCAGAGGGCUGUGCGGGCAGCGGAGCCCCCGGGAAGGAAUGUUGGGUGGUGGCAGUACGCUUUGCAAGAGGCGGACGGGGGCACGUUACAGGAGCUUCGCCGAUUGUCGUCGCAUAAAGUGACUACCCUAUCGCUUGCCCAUGCGCCGACACGUAAUGUCGGCUGGUGGCAGAGGGCUGUGCGGGCAGCGGAGCCCCCGGGAAGGAAUGUUGGGUGGUGGAGGGACGCUGUGGAGGUCGCCGAGCCGCCUCGAACCAACGGCCCGGGAGAGAUCGUGCAUGACAUUUGA